AAUGAUGUUCAUAGAGAUGGUGCAAUAGAUUAACACACUAUCAAAAGUGACACUCCAUCUUUAAUCCUCUCAAUCUUCACAAGAAAUCCACUCCCCAUGGCUUCUCUUACAAAUUUGCCUUGCUUUCGUCUAGCUAAUUAGUAUCGCCUAACAAAUUAUCUAAACCAAAACCUAUUGCAAGAAAAUUAUUAGCCAUGUCCAUCCAACAAGCACCGGAGAGAAGUCACAAGAAAUCUUAUCAGAGAUGGAACGACUUGGAAGCUGCGCGAUACUUCUCUGGAGCCAAUGAAGCGUCUAGUCGCCAAAAAAUGGCGAGAUCGGGUGGGAGAAUCAGCCUAGACAUUCCUAUGAUGAGUAGAACAAAAGAUUCGACGUAUCAAGCCCAAACUCAUCAACACAACCAUGCCGUGAUGGAGAAGGCACCAACAAAAGAGAAGAAGCACAAACAACCUAAUUCACCAGGUGGAAGGCUCGCCAGUUUCUUGAAUUCUAUUUUCAGCCAAAAUUCUUCGAAAAAGAAGAAAUCAAAGUCUUGCUCUGGACAAUCCAUCAAAGACGAAGAUCAUGACAGCCAUGAUACGAGGAGGAGAAGGAGAAGCAGCAUAAGUCAUUUUCGGAGUACUAAUAUAUCUUCGUCUGCAGAAAAUUCAAGUUCCGAAUUCAAUUCUAUAAACACUCCAGCGAAAAAUAGUUUCAAGGACUUCAAGAAUUUUCUUGAUCAUCACAAGCCAACACUCCUACUCAAUGUGUCCAAAAACAACUACCCGAUCAAAUCAUCUGGACCACGAAAAGAUCUGCAUCAAAACUACAAUCCGGAGAAAAUCAACACGGAUCACAAUAACACCAGAUUUGACGAGGAGAACUUCAGGUUCAGCACAACCACGACAAACACCAACAACAAUGAAUAUCCUUUCGAGAAAUGCAAGAUCUUUGGCAACGGGUAUCUUGACCACGACAUAAAUCAGUCAUCCGAAAGGAAUUUCAGAAACUUUGUGAACGAGAUGGACGAGGGUGCAGAGAGCGAUUCGAGCUCGGAUCUAUUCGAAUUGCAGAACUUCGAUUUAGGUGGAUGUUAUUCGAGUGGCCUUCCUGUUUACGAGACUACUCAUAUCGAUAGCAUCAAGAGAGGUGCGCCGAUCACUAGCGGUGCUUUAUGAAUAUUUACUUUUCGAGUCUUUACAUUUGUCUUGCACAGAAUCAUCAUGUCCAGAGAUCUGCAAGAGGAGUUUUUUUUUUUUUUUUUUUUUGCUAUCUUAUUUUUGGGCUAAUAUAUGGCCUUGGAUUCGAUUGUCGCAUAAUUUAUUCGAAAAUUUAUAUGUAAGUAGCGUUUGGAAUGUUUGUUUUAUGUCUUUUGCUUCAUCGAUUGUGGAUAAUCUUAUGGAAUGCAAGAACAUUACAAAUACA